ACAUCUGAGCUUGGCUUUUCCAAUGAUUAGUUAAUUGGGAGGUUGCAUCUCAUUCUUGUCAUUUUUUACCUUCUGUUUUGUUUUUAGUUUGAUUCUUAUUUAUUAAAACCUGUAACUAGUGUAAUUUUUGUGAUGUGAAAAUGGAUACAGAGCUAAACGAUGAAGAAUUGGUCUACCAAAUACUCAAAGAGGAACAAUUGGAAGGAUUUUAUCACAGUUUACGUGAAGAGCUUCAAGUCACCCUUUUUCAUCACUUUGAUUAUGUUACUUUAGAUGAUUUGGCUCGUAUUGGAAUAGCCAAACCAGCUGGACGUAGGCUAUUAGACAACAUAAAAAAGAAAAAAUUUUCAAUAAAAUGGAGAAACAAUCCUAUUCUUAAAUUGAUCAACCCUGUUAAUCCUUUUGUACAAAAAAGUGGAUCCGAAAAAAGUGAAAGAAAGUCAAGUCUAACCGGAGAAUCUUCAAACUCAUCGUUAACAUGGCUAAUCAAUGAGAGAGAUCUUGAAUUGACCAACACAAAACUAGGUGAUGGAUCAUUUGGCGUUGUGUGGAAAGCUAUUUGGACUGUACCUGAUACGAAACGGACUCAGUAUGUUGCGGCCAAGGUCUUGAAGGAGAAAGUCAUCUCUCAACAAGCUAUCAUUGAAGAUUUCAUCAAAGAAGUUAAUUCAAUGCAUCUUCUAAAUCAUCCAAAUCUCAUUCGACUCUAUGGUAUCGUUUUAUCCCUACCAAUGAUGAUGAUUACUGAACUGGCUGAGAAUGGAUCUCUCAGGGAUAGAUUACGAAAAGAGUGUGGCCAUACUUCCAUUGUUUUGCUUCAUGAUUAUGCUAUUCAAAUAGCUUCCGGAAUGGCUUACCUUGAAUCUAAAAGAUUCAUUCAUAGAGAUCUUGCAGCACGGAAUAUUCUUUUAGCAUCUAGAAAGAGGGUAAAAAUAGGAGAUUUUGGACUGGUUAGAGCUUUACCCAAUCAAGAUGAUUGUUAUAUCAUGAAUGAGUCGAAAAAAGUACCAUUUCCAUGGUGUGCUCCGGAAUCAUUGCGACACAGGAAAUUUUCCUCUUCAUCUGAUGUUUGGAUGUAUGGUGUGACUCUAUGGGAAAUGUUUACCUUUGGUGAUGAACCUUGGAAAAAUUUGAAUGGUGCUGAAAUUUUGCAUAAAAUUGAUAAAGAAGGUGAAAGAUUAGAGCAACCAGAGGCAUGCUCAGCCUCUCUAUAUGAUCUUUUACUUAAAUGUUGGGAUGCAAAUCCUGAUCAGCGACCCAAUUUCAAUGAAAUUAAAUCUUUUCUCGAAGAAACUCGCCCAUUAGAUCUGAUUAGUGAACGACUUUUUGAUGGUACAGAUGAAACUUUACCUAACAAUGGCUCUAGCGUUUCUUCUUCAAACCUAUUUAGUUCCAAAAAACCUUUAAUCAUCAAACCAGGAGAUAAAGUGGAGGUUGUUGAAGGUAAUCCAGAGUGUUUUUUAUGGAAAGGUCAAAAUCAGCGAUCAUUUGAGAUUGGAUAUUUUCCUCGGUGUAUAAUGAAAGAAACAAGUGCUAUUGGUAAACGUAAAGCUAUUAGUAAACCUUUAAAAGGUAGUUUAGUGCAUGCUGGUCAUGGUGGAAUCGGAAACACCUGGGGUCAUCCUAGUCACAUUGAUGAAUUGUAUCUGAAAAAUCCACUACAACCUCCUGAUAUUAUGGGUUAUCCAGACAAAGAACUUCCUCCGCCUCCUACAUCAAUCAAAUUGAAUGAUAAAAUCAAACUUCUCAAUAAUUUAGGUGACUUGGGCAGUCCAAAGCGCAAUAUUUCACGACAAUUUGGUUACAAUAGAUUUAGAAAUGAUGACAGAGAACAUUCAGAAUCUGACCGAGAUCGUCAUUCAAGAGAUUUAGCUCCUAAGCGAUCACAAUCUUACACUCAAUUGAAAAGUGAAGGACUCUCUUGCUCUGAAGGACUUCUCAUUGAUUUAGAUGGAGAAGAAACAGUUCAAGAAUUAAAAGCGGCUCAGGUUAUGCUGGGUGAACAAAGAGUUACUACCAAUGGUCAUCAGUUUCCAGAGACAUUUCAAGAAAAUGAUGACCCGAAUUACCAGAGAGUAUAUUAUAAUGUUGCUUCUUCGUCAUCAACUCUUUCUUCUCUUCUAAAUUCAUCAAACGCAAUCACUAAUUCAGCAAGUGCCACCAAUAAUUCUACCCUUUCAUCUAAACCAUUUCCUCCAUCACACCACAAUAACCAGCCAUCAUCCGGAUCUAGAUAUUACUCUACGCCCAAUGAAGAAGCCUCUUCGGAUGAAGGUUCAAGUUUCAGUGACUCUGAAUGGGCAUUGGCUGGAAUUUCUUCCGAUGCCUCUGAUAUUUAUUCAAUAUAUGAAUCUCAAUCUGCUUACUACAAAUCAGGAUCUCAUUUAUCUCGGGAAAAAGCACCUUCCAUUACCAGUUUGGAUCCCGUUAACGCUGAUCCAUUCGAUACUUCCAACAUUGAUAAUAUAAUAUCAUCAUCUACUGCAAGUAAACAACCGUCAAGUGCUGCUAAUCGUGCAGAUCAGGCUUUUAACUGGAUUGAAUCAAGCAUGAAACAAUUACAGGUUCAAAAUAAUGGUGAUUUAGCACAUCAAUCGGAUCAACAAUCUGGUCAACGAAAUUUAGAUGAGAACCGUCAACCAUCUAGAUUAAGUAAAGAGUUUCUGCAAGAAUUGGAAGCCAAAUUGUUGUGUUCAGCUGCAGCUGCUCCACCACAACAAACACAGCAAUCUCAGUCCUCUCAACCGACUCAAAUAACGCAAGAAGUUCCUUUCGUCGUUCCCCCACCUUCUAACGGACAUGUUAAAAACUCACGAAGAAACCAAAACUCAAGCUCUUAUAGAUCUAGAGACUCUUCAAUCAGCCGAGCGUCUGUUACGUCAACUCUGCGUAAAGCUCCACAACCUCCUACAGCCCAAGUUCGUCCCUUUUUCGCACCAAAUAAAGGUCCAGCACCAGCUCCACCUUGUCCAAUUUUUUAUGGAGCUGGAUUAGGACCAUCUGCACCAAGUCGUGAAGUUAUCUAUGGACUUGGUCAGAUCACAAUGUAUCCCAAUUUCAAUGCAUGGGUCGAUCAACUCAUGGAAACUGUUAAGGGCACGACUCGAGAAGAAUGUGUCCGAGCUCUUCAAACAAAUGGCAUGGACUCUGUUAGCGCAAUGAAAGAAUUGCAAUUGAACCAGUUAAUGAAAUUAGGUGUGGCUGACAUUGAAAAGUGUACUAAUGCUUUACGUGAAGCUGAAUGGAAUCUUGCAGAUGCAGCAUCAAAAUUGUUGGACUGAAAACAAUGAAGAUUUGUUUGUUUUUUAUACUUGAAAAUUCGAACAAAUCAUUGGUUCACUCGACAAAAUAUUUAUGAAGCUACUCAAUCUAGAGCAUUCAAUUGGUGCUAAUCUGUUCAGGAUUUAGGCUUGAAAGUUUCAAUUAUUAUUCAAAAGGUUUACCUACUUCGUCUACUUAUGGAUCUUUUUGCCAAAAACAUAAAUAACAAUGAAUUACAAUCUAAUCACUUUCGGAUCUUAAAGGCAUAAACCAAAGUCAUAAUACUAGUUUAACCUCUUUCAAAAUCUUCCAAUACAAUUUCAUACAAUUUAUGGACGAACUUCAGUUCUAAGUUCAGUUCUCUUCAGUUAUUGUUUCAUAUUCAUUUCUUCUUGGUAUAAUUAAGCAGUAAACCAUUCAUCUUCCAAUUUCACCAAAGUAUCAUCCAUAUCUAGGGAAAAAUCAUAAUCGUAUUCGAUCAAAUGUAAAAAAUCGUAUUCAUCAUAAUUGGAACUGAUCAAUCUUUACAACGAGUUAGUGAAUCUGAUGAUCUUAAUUCCAUUUUUUCAAUGAAUCUCUUCAUAAUCGAAGCAUAAGCUAGAGUUAAAAUUAUCGAAUCAAAGAGGUAAGUGGAGUUCAUGUAAACUAAAGCUUUCUAGUCCACAAUCGAGAACACACAAUAUUAUGUUAUUGUAUAAUAUAUAAAAUACAAGUUUAAAUUAUCGCUAUCUUGGAUGGAGAAACAAAACCUCAAACUCUAGAAUCAAAAGAUUAAAAGAUAUAUCGCUUGACAAAGAGGCAAAUGAUUAAAAUUAUAGUAUUAAACAUAUAAAUGUAUGUUAUUUGAUUAGUCGAUGGUCCAAUUACCAAACUGAAUUUCUGAUAAUUUUUCUGUACAAAUGUUAAAAUUCAUCCUGUACUUACCAAAAUGUAACAUUUCUUAUUUUGUUGAAAUCUCAAUCCUUUCCUUCCCUAAUUUUUCUCUCGGUUUGAACAAACACUUUUCUUUCAACCAUCAACUGUCAACUUGUAUUGAUACGUUGACUUAGUGACGUUAGUUACGAUCAUACGUGUUAUGAUUGUUGGAUUGACCCAAGUGAUUGGAUUGUUUACCAGUUGCAAGCGACAGUAAAACAUCUCAAAACGUGUAAAUGCCCAAAACAAGAUGACAAAACCAUUUCCAUUCACUUUUUCUUUGUAUUAUUUUCGAAAUAAAAAGUUAUAUUGAUUAUUGUUGAUGUAAUACAA